AAUUGUUAAGGAAUGGAAGAUGGUGGUCGGUGGUGAUCAGCCAGAAAUUUUAGUGGCCGAGAGAGGUGACAAAAAAGAAAAAACAUAUUGACGAGGAAGCGGAAGAGAAAGAAAAAGAAGGAAAAAGAAAAAAUAGAUCUAAAAACAUAAUCUGAGAAAUGUUAGGAUCAACAACAACCCCCGCGACAAAUAAAUUCUUCCAUGAAUCGGUGUUGAUUGUUGGAUUAAUCGGUGUUCAAAUCGUUUAUUCUGUAUAUUCAGUGAUCAUGAGCAAUCUAAUGGCACUUGGUCUCUCCCCUCUCUUCCUCGUCAUUUAUUGCAGUUUUGCAACCUCUCUAUUCUUAUUUCCUCUCUGCGUAUAUUUCGAAAGGAGCAAGUGGCCUAAGGAAUUCAGCACCAAAUUGUUGGGACAAUUGCUGUUGAUUUCAUUUGGAGGGGUAACUUUGUUCCAGUCCCUACUAUUAGUCGGAGUUAAGAAAACUUCUCCAGCAAUUGCUUGUGCCAUGCCCAAUCUAGCUCCAGGGAUCAUCUUUGUCAUUGCCUGGGCUCUCAGGUUUGAAAAGGUGAAUCUUAGUUGCAUAUAUAGUAAAGUUAAGAUUUUAGGGACUUGCAUUUGUGUUAUUGGAGCAAUUACAAUGAGCAUUUUGUACGCGCCUGGUGCAACCUCAGAGAGUACCAGCCCGAACGAUGAAAUCAACGAGGAAGUCAAGCUUGUCGGAAUCAUAUGUCUCAUGACAGCAAUCCUUGUUUUGUCAUGUGUUGUUGUCUUACAGGCUGCAACUUUGGGUGAUUUCCCUGCACCUAUGACCCUCUGCGCAAUAACUUCUUUCGCGGGUGCUAUUCUAACAGCAGUCGUGAAAAUGGUUGAGGAAAGAGGAUUAGUCACGGCCCAUAAUAUUGUGCGCACCGGAGAUCUUGUUGGCUACGCUAUUCUGGGAGGUAUUGUAAGUGGAGCUUGUACGAGUUUUAAUGCAUGGGCUAUGAAGAGAAAAGGGCCAGUAUAUGUGUCCACAUUCAACCCCAUCGGAACCGUCUCUUCUGUCAUCCUCUCUGCUCUCACCUUAGGGGACUCUAUCAGUUUAGGAAGCGUGUGCGGUAUGUUUUUGAUGUUCACUGGUUUGUACUUUGUGUUAUGGGCUAAGAAGAAAGAAAAUGUUGCGGUCAGUGAUGAUGUAGCAGUGUUGCCAAAAAGUUACGAAUCAGAAAAGCCACUCUUAUGCUAGAGCCUCACGCGUUUGGUUAGUUAAAGCGCUGCAUUAAACACAUUAUGAGAGUCAGCAGUGGAACCAUGAUUAAAAGUAAGAGGCGGCAAAAAAGAAAAUCCCUCUAUGUUAAGCAAAAACCUUAUAUAGAUAACUUUUAAAAACUAUUUAGCAAGUGGAGACAGUUGCACCUAUUUUCCUAAGCUAAAUCUUCCCCUGACAUCGAGAGUAUGAGUAGUGAAGCUUAGUCAGAUUUAUAUAGAUUUUAUUUUCUAUCAUUUGGGGACUUUUCUAUUGUUUUUUCCCCCUUAGAUGAUGUUUUACAUAGUAGGUUGUUCACAUAAUCAUGUUUGUACACUGGUGAAUCUAUGUUGAUAUUUUCCCCAGAAUUUUAGUAUAUCUUGUGCUUAAGUUUCAAA